GUAGGGCGGUGCUGCUGGUGCUUUGCUGUCGAGUCACCUCUGUCAAGCGGGAUGGAGGAAAAGGAGCCGCUAUCAUGCUGAUUAACGCAGGAUACCGACGGACUGAGAAUCAAUAACCGGGGAUACUUCCGUUUAAACUCAUAAUCUUUCUUCAAACUACCGAAUUUGUCCCGUCACAGUUUGCCAAAAUGAUGGAAGAAAUCGACCGGUUCCAAGUGCCUCCUGUCAACGGAGAGACACAGCCUUUGGACCCAGAAGCGUCCUCCACUUUAGAGGCAGCGUCUGACCCUAAAGGAGAGAGCGUGGCCAUGAACUACAAGCCCUCGCCGCUGCAGGUCCAGAUAGAGAAACAGAGGGACCUUGCCAGGAAGGCGUCGGUGAAGAAUGGCACUGUGGGAAGUCCCGUCAAUCAGCAGCCCAAGAAGAAUGCCAGGACAAGGUUGGUGGUGCCAAACAAAGGUUACUCCUCCUUAGACCAGAGUCCAGAUGAGAAGCCCCUGGUUGCACUGGACACUGACAGUGAUGAUGACUUCGACAUGUCCAGAUACUCUUCAUCAGGAUACUCCUCAGCCGAGGUGAGAUGUCUGAGGGACCAGCAAAUUAACCAGGACCUGAACAUCCAGCUCCUGAAGGACGGGUACCGGCUCGAUGAGAUCCCAGAUGACGAGGACCUGGAUCUGAUCCCCCCUAAGGCAGUCAACCCCACCUGCAUGUGCUGCCAGGCUGCGUCCUCCACAGCCUGUCAGAUCCAGUAGCUACCCCCACUGCUCCUUCAUCCCCAAACAAAUGUUCUUUUUGCCAACUGCUGAACAGAACGGCACCGAGGAGGGGAAAAACUGUCCACUUGAAACCAGGCAAAGGCAAAACGAGGAGAAUGAGAAACUGAAUAUGUACAGUACCUGUGCAUGUUCCUCCUAUGGCAGGAUCUGUGUGUCUUACGUCUGCAGUGUUGGUUCAGCAGGGAUGGAUUCAACUCAUGGCAGAGACCUUACCUUGAAGAAAACAAUGCUAUUUUUUCUUUUUUUCUUUUUUGCUCCUCCGUUUGAGUUGUAGCUCAUGCUCGGGGGAGUUUUGGCUUUGCUUAAACGACGGUGCGACGUUGCAGAAGAGGGAGACAAGAAGGGACGACAGAGAAUCAGCCAAACGACUUUUUGUCAUCAUUACGGUGUCAGUGGACUGUCCAAGCACUCCACUUCCUUUUCUGGUGUCUAAUUUGCCAUCCAUCAUGCAGAACUGUAGGACGUUAGAAAUUUGAACGAGCCCGUUGUAUUUCCAAUUUUCUCCUUCCUUUCAGCUCGUCUACCUUGUCUUCACCCGAAUAUGAGUGUCAGAGUCAAGGAUGAUGUGUGUGUGUGAGUCCGGUCAUGCCCGGGAAAACGGUGCGAAUGAAACACCAGUGCUCACCCUAAGCUCAACACUAAGCUACCGAUCUGUUUUGUUAUACUCAGAUUGUCCUGCUUAUAUCUGUUUUAUAUUUAGUUCUAAGAAGCAGAUAAAAAUGCAUGUUGCCUGUUAACACUGUGUCCUGAUGACAGAUGUGCAGAUAUUUAUUUUAUCCUACUGACCCACAGCCAAACCCUUGUGCUGAAGAAACAUUGUGGGCUUUGUUAAAUGGAACAUCGGUCAUAUUUAAGUUCACCUACUGCCAUUUUAAUAGAUGUGGGGGGGGGGGGGGCAGUAAGCUCCUGAAUCCCUGCGUAUGUUGUGUGUUUAUUCAUGAAAACGGCACUCUCACGCACUGAAGGUCACAUAGCAGAACGUAUUCAUGAAUUAGAGAAAUGAACGAAUGAAGACAAAGGCUUAGAAUUGUGUGCACUUAGUUUUGAUAUAAGGAAUAUGUUUAAACUACGGGCAAAUUGUCAUUAGUAUCCCUGGUGAAGAUGUGUGGAAAAAAAAACGAAAUUGUGUUUAAAGAAAAAUCAUCACUUAGGAAAUAGCUUUUUUUUUUUUAA